UCUUCUAAUCGUACAGUCCGUUUUCCACUGCGGUCUUGUCUUUUAUCGCGAAUUGAUCCGUGUUGUUUGUUUUGCAUGUUUAUUUGUGUCAUCUGGGUAUUUACGGCUAAACAGGGAGGAUGUCUGGGCAGCAUUACUGUCUGCGAUGGAACAAUUAUCAGAGCAAUAUGACCUCGGUUUUCCACCAGCUUCUCCAGAAUGAAGCUUUCGUAGAUGUUACUUUAGCCUGUAAUGACUUAUCACUAAAAGCCCACAAGGUAGUCUUAUCAGCAUGUUCCUCAUAUUUCCAGAAACUGUUGUUAGAGAAUCCCUGCAAGCACCCAACGAUAAUAAUGCCUCAAGACGUCUGCUACUCCGACCUCAAAUUCAUCAUCGAGUUCGUUUACAAAGGGGAAAUUGAUGUCUCUCAGGCCGAGCUCCAGUCGAUCCUGCGAACGGCGGACCAAUUAAAGAUCAAAGGCUUGUGCGAGUCGCCCGACGACAAAGAAAACUCCGAAUCGCCCCUGCCCCUGUACUGCAAAGGUGGCAGGAAGUCCGCCUCCCCCAGGCACUUCAGGCUAGCGGACAGCGGCAACCGGAGGGCCAAAUACCGCCGCACCAGCCUCCAGGAGAGACCAUCGGAUGAGACACCGGGCGGCUGCAGGGAGGGCAAAGCGCAGCCGGGCCACUCGUCGGAUGAGGAAAAUGACAUGCCAGUAGCUCUGGAUGAGCACAAGAGAAGCAGGCACCAGCCCGAGCAGACCAAACCACUCAACAUGAGCAGCCAUGGACUUAUGACCGGACAGACAAUCUUCUCCCAGUUCGGAGUGGACACCGAUGACUUCCCCCCGGAACCUCCGGCACCCUCCGCCAUCCCCGUCGGCCACGUGGACAUGGCGGACCACUCGCCCACCCGUUCCCUCCUCACCAACACCCCUAUCCAUCGAACGGACAUCUCGGACUCCACCAAGUACACUUUGGACAUCAAAAAGGAGGCCGACAUCAAGUUCGAAACGCUGCGGUCGUACGACCAGGACUCUCUUCUGGACAUGGAGUCGCAUAUGUCCGGCCCUGACCAUUCCAUGGACAGCCACGACGAUUGUGAUAGGGGCCUGCAUCCCAGCAUGAUGGUCCAGCAGGAUUUCGUUGGAAUGAUGCCGGGCGUUUCGAAUAGAUUAGAUGUAAAUAGUGAAGAUCAAGUACCUGGAACCAAAAAUAAUGGCCAUAAUGAAAACUUGCAACACACGCCCCGGUCACACGGGGGCGGACCAAAAACUUGGACUCAGGAAGAUAUGGAUAUGGCCUUAGAUGCCUUAAGAAAUCAUAAUAUGAGCCUUACGAAGGCUUCGGCGACUUACGGUAUUCCCUCCACUACUUUAUGGCAAAGAGCACACAGACUAGGCAUAGACACCCCGAAAAAGGAAGGACCAACGAAGUCUUGGACGGAAGAGAACCUCAACAGCGCUUUGGAAGCUUUACGGACCGGAACCAUCUCGGCCAACAAAGCUAGUAAGGCGUACGGUAUACCCAGCAGCACUCUAUACAAAAUAGCGAGACGAGAAGGAAUAAGACUGGCAGCCCCUUUUAAUGCGGCCCCGACCACAUGGACGCCGGAGGAUUUAGAGAAAGCUUUGGAAUCCAUCAGGACGGGGCAAACGUCUGUACAAAAGGCUUCUACUGAGUUCGGCAUACCCACGGGGACGCUCUACGGAAGGUGCAAAAGGGAAGGCAUAGAAUUGUCACGGUCGAAUCCUACGCCUUGGUCGGAAGACGCCAUGGGUGAAGCACUGGAAGCUGUGAGGUUGGGCCAUAUGUCUAUAAAUCAAGCAGCGAUUCACUACAAUUUGCCUUAUUCCUCGCUGUAUGGACGGUUCAAGCGAGGAAUAAAAUAUGACUCGGAUAACAUUGAAGUAAAUCAGGACAGUCAGUCGCAAAUGGACGCGCAUUCGUUCGGAAUGGACUACAGCACCACCUCCCACCAACAAAUUCAGUACCAUAACCAGAAUAGCUGAGACACGGCCUUCAACUUUGAUUGCUUUUAAUAUUAACUUUCCUAGGAAUUCGUAAGUUUUCGUUAGAAGCAUCAAGGUUCGAAGGUCAAAACAAUUAAUCAAUUUUAUGCUGAAUUGUCAUUACCAUACUAGGCUGUUGUGCUAAAAGUUACUUAAAGAUUGUGAAGUUUCCCUAUUAUUUUUAAUCAGAUAUUAGAAUAAUUAAAUUGAUAGCCUUGUUCCAGAGGUUUUAUUGAAGAAGUGCAAUAUUAUUCUAUUUAAUACUGUCUAGAUAUAGUGUACAGAAUUGUAUAUUGUAGCUAAUUUAUUAAAAAUUGUUAACUAUUUUAAGUUUUUUUUCUAUUUGUUAUUAAUUUUUUAAUGUUGA